UGCAACACGCACUCCGAUAGACGCGAUAGAAGCUUUGCAGCCUUGCAAGCCAUGGCAGCUUUGGCCGAGGCGCGGCCAUGGUUCAUGGCCCUCAACGAGAGUGUGCAGAGAGACCGGCAGAAGGUCCAGAUUCCAAAGGAGCAUGCCCUCAAAGAUUCGCGCCGAGCACGGCAGGCUGAACUGGAAGAGGAGGACAAAGCAGGCGCGCUGCUGGCAUUGCAGGAUGCGGCUGCGGCAGUCUCCGCAUCGAGCCAAAAGUACUGUGUCAUGACAGACUGGCAGAAGAACCAGGGUCAGGAGGCCUUCGACUCCGUGGACCGGGGGCACUGCCUGGCGUUGGGCCCGCAGCCGCAGCUGGCGGCCAAAGCCAUCCGCGCGGCGCUGAAGCUGUGAAGAUGGCCCGAAGCGCGCGAA